ACAUGUAGAAUCUCUUGUGUACGGGUUACAUAAUACAUCGCGCGCCUACGUUCUCCUACAAUGGAAAUGGAUAACUUCCCACCGUAUCUUUUGACAAAAGAAGAAGGAGUGUCCUUAAAGAGAAGAUUUGAGAUGAAGUCAGGAAUAAACUUCGUCCGUUCAAGUAACUAUCGGGCUCCUAAUGAGAAAGAAAUGAACCUCCAUUUCGUAGACAAGAACAAGGUAGUCUGCAACAAUGAAUACCCCUAUUCCAUCAUCAACACUGACACAUACGAAUGUAUGUACGGAAGGGAACGUCAUGCUGCAAGGAAGAAACGCUUGCUAGAAGAACCUCGAUCGCCAUCAAAGCGAGCAUAUAACGGAGACCAUGCAUCUCGAAAGAAAGGCUGCCCUGCAAAGCUUAUCCUAAAGGAAGUUGUUAUGUAUACAGACUUCAAGCUUGAUGACGCCAUGUCUGAUUGGAAAAAGAAGCUCAUUGGCAGGGAUCUGAGGUCAGCCCUGAACACGAAAGCCAACCUCAACAAAGAAGUUAGGAUUUAUGUGAAAUACCCUUUGGAUGAAGAUCACCUUUCUGGACAUGAAGUAAGACAGCAGGCAUACCAGAAACCAGCCAGCACAUGCUCAUCUUCCAGUAAUCAUUCUAUACUCUCUGCACUAGAGGUUCCAGGAGCCCUUGAGUUGGGAGAAGAGGUAGAGGUGGAGUAUCAUGAAACAACUCUUACACCAGCAGACCAGACUGAAAAACUGGUAAACGUAUUGAACAGUGCACCUGAAUCUGAGCUGAAGAUGGUGAAGUACAUCAACUCUAAAAUGGCAGCUGGUAUCAUUGCUCACAGAGAAGAGAAAGGACAGAUCAGUAGGCUCGAAGAGCUUUUGGUGAUUCCAGGGGUAGGAAGAAGAAUUCUGGAUAAACUUUUAACAAGUUUUGCCAAUGGAAAGCAGGAGAAAACCAGGACAAGAAUCGAUCCCCAGAGUACUUCCCAUACAGAGCUAUCAAAUGAAAGAUUAUCAAGUUUGAAGGAUGUUGUAGCAAUAGAUGUUGGUCUAAAGCACAUAGCAUGGUUGCACAUGGAUAAAGACAGAUGGGUACAUAACUGGCACUGCAAGAUGAUCGAAGGCAUCUCUCCUGGAAAAUGGGAUCCCAUCAACUAUCUCAGAUUUAUAUCGGAUACAGUAGAAGAGAUGCCCAGACCAGAUCUGUACGUUCUUGAGCACAAGUCCUUCACCUCCCUCAACAAAGGCACCUUCCAGACCAUGCUCUUUGUGCGCUGCCUGGAGUCCAUGCUCUACACCCGUUUGAACUCUGACAUUAUCGAAACCGGCCAGGCCAAGGCAAUAUCACUACCACAAAACGUUGUAGGGAGGCACUUUGAUCUGCUUGUAGGGACCCAGCGCAAGAGUGGUCAAGCCCUGGCACGGGCGCUACUGGAGGAAGGCGUUGGAAUGAGAAAUGCUUGGUAUCCUGUUCGGAUCGGAUAUGAAAACAUGGCCAUAUUUUGCAACGUCAAUAAAUACAAGAGGGAACAUUUAGCUAACUGUCUCUUGCGAGCAACUGCUUUCUAUGACAUCCAUAUUGACAAGAAGCCAGGUUUUAAACUGACGUAAUGCAGAUGUGCUAGAAAUUAUGUCAUAGAAUAUUUUAUGCAAUUAUCUUCAUUUGAAUUGUCGGUUCUCACCAUGUAUGGUACAGAGGAACCUUGUUAUACCUAGUUUUUCUAUCCAAGUUCAUUGGUUUUUAUUGUUUUGUUAUCCCUGACAUCAUUUAUCAUAUUUAAAAUAAUGUAUAAUGCAAUUUCCUAGGUAAUAAGAAGUCUUGUUAUAACAAGAUUCCAAUUUAAUGCGGUGAAUGCAUUUUGUUAAAGAUAAUAAAACUCUAGCCUUUUAAAAACUU